AUGGAGAUGGGUAAACUGGUGGUGAACAUCAUGAGUGUGUAUGCGGCGCAACAAGGUUGUGCAGACGAAGAGAAGGAGAAGUUUUGGGAGGAGUUGGACGAAGAAGUGAGAAAAAUUCCAGCUGAGGAGAAACUAUGGAUAGGGAGUGAUUUCAAUGGACACGUUGGUGGUGAUAACACAAGCAGAGAAGAGACAAUGGGGAAAUUUGGUUAUGGUACUAAGAAUGAUGGUGGGGAAGAACUCGUGACAUUCGCGAUGAGGCAUAAUUUGUGGAUCGUUAACACGUUCUAUAAGAAAGCCACUAGGCACAAGAUCACCUACAAAGUGGAGGCACUCAGUCACAAAUAG